AUGGAUACAAUGACUUCGCUUCCUCAUCAAAAUGAUCAAAAUGUCAUUCGACACCUCACCAAUCUUGUCAAAUCACCAGCAUCCGGAGAUGAUGACAUUAAGAAGAAGGAAGAUUCUAUCAUGGAACUCGGAAACAUUCUGGCUCAAAAUAAGCAAACUGAGGAAUUGCGGAAAAUGAUUGAGCAAACCAGACCAUUCUUAGUCUCAUUGGGAAAAGCGAAAGCUGCUAAACUUGUUCGCGAUCUUGUCGAUUUGUGUCUCAAGAUUGAUGAUCAGGAUGGAGAUAUCAAAGUCGGGCUUGUAAAAGAGUGCAUUCAAUGGGCGACUGAGCAAAACCGUACUUUCCUUCGACAAACUCUAACCGCUCGUUUGGUUCGUCUCUACAACGAUCUUCAGAGACAUACCCAGGCACUUCCACUCGCUGCUGAUUUAAUUCGAGAGCUGAAAAAGGUCGAUGAUAAAGAUGUGCUUGUGGAAGUGGAACUCGAAGAGAGCAAAGCGUAUUACAACUUGGCUAACAUCGGUCGUGCUCGUGCUUCUCUCACUGGGGCUCGUACAACUGCAAAUGCUAUCUAUGUGAAUCCACGAAUGCAAUCCGCUCUUGAUCUUCAAUCUGGAAUUCUUCAUGCAGCAGACGAAAAGGACUUCAAAACUGCGUUUUCGUAUUUCUAUGAAGCUUUCGAAGGAUACGAUUCAGUCGAUGAGAAGAGCGCUGCACUUACUGCUCUCAAGUACAUGCUUCUGUGCAAGCAGUCUUCUGUCCGCAAAACUUGCCUUAAAGUACAGUGGAUCUAUUUGGAAGCUAUGAAAGCUAUCGCAGCGGCCGCCCAAAAACGAUCUCUAAAAGAUUUCCAAGCAGCCUUUGGCGCAUUCCCACAAGAAUUGCAAAUGGAUCCAGUCGUUCGAAAACAUUUCCAUUCGUUAAGCGAACGAAUGCUUGAGAAAGAUUUGUGUCGUAUUAUUGAGCCUUAUUCGUUUGUGCAGAUUGAUCACGUUGCUCAACAAAUCGGAAUCGAUCGAUCCAAGGUGGAGAAAAAACUUUCUCAAAUGAUUCUCGACCAAAAGCUAUCCGGGUCGCUCGACCAAGGUGAGGGUAUGCUCAUUGUCUUUGACAUCGCCACUCCUGAUGAGGCUUAUCAAACAGCGUUGGACACAAUUCAUGCUAUGGGAGAAGUCGUUGAUGCCCUCUACAGUAAUGCUUCAAAGAUUAAUUGA